AUGUUCGGUGCAUUCAAAUCAACAAACACAUUACUUGGAGGUCUACUUUGGAAGAUUCCAUGGAGAUUGUCGGCACCUCAAAAGAGAAGACAAAGACAAAGACUGAGAGAUGUAGAUAAUGUGAUCAAACAACUGACAUUAGGUUUGCAUGUCAUGAGGUCUCAAGCAAAGGGACUAACUUUUGAAGAAAGUUUGGUCGCUAAGAAGAUGUACAAACCAAGAAGUGAAGCAAUGCGACUAAUUAAUAAACCUUCAUUUUUUCCUAAGGAAAACCAGAUGUCUAGUAAAGAUAAAUAUACUGUAUUUAGCAAAAAGGACAAUGGUUAUAGAAAGGGAGUACAUAAAGUACCAAAAUGGACAAAACUAUCCCUAAGGAGAAACCCUAAGUUUUUUUAA